AUGUGCUGGCCCGUGGAGUGGUUCAAGGAAGACCUGCCUGUGGAAACUAAAGACGGCUCGGCCAUGGACGUGGUGGUGGAAAAAAUCAUCAACCAGUCCAACAAGAUUCCGAAGCUCAUGGAUCCAUAUGUGAAGGGCCAGGUGCAGGAGCCACUAGAGAUCCCGAAGCCAGACACGCCGCCCAAGCUGAACGUCCUCGCCUUUGGAGACCACUCGGGCUACUGCAAGAACUUCUUUGCAAAUGCACCCGAGGGCCGAAUAAGCAUGAAGAAGGUGGUGGAGAACUAUCACUCCCUCACCCAAGAGGAUGUCAAGAAGCUAGUCAACGAGCCCAAGAAGGGAUGGGACUUGGUCAUCUUCACCGUGGGCUGCGACCCACCCAGGAGCAACAGCAUCCCGGACGUCAUCGAGCAGAACACGGUGAUUUCCAGACUGUACUUUUGGUUGGCCUACGAGCUUCAGAGAGCUGAAACCAACACAAAGAUCUUUUGCCUCGUGCGGGGACUCUUCCACGAGGACAAGAAGACCCACAUGAAGGCUGGUCUGGGCCUCUGCGUCUCGGGCACCUUGUUCGGCAUGUCCAACACCCUCCGGCAGGAGCUGGAGCUUUGCGAUAUACACUUCUGCGACACCGAGUACUUCCUCUCGGACGACAGCGAUGUCUGGUCCCGCGUGGCUGCAGAAGCCUUUCGGGACACGACCUUUGGCAUGGUGGACGUCCGGAUCCUUUCCUCGGGCAGGUACGUGCAGAGACGGGUCUCUUCGAAGGCCUACCAAGCGGCGAACAAGGAGUUCCCACUGCCCAGCGAGGGCAUCAUUGCCAUCUCUGGAGGAAACGGCGCCCUGGGCCUGGUUAUGGGCAAUUGGCUCCUGGACAAGGCUGCCGAGCAGGGAGUCGGCGGGUUUGAGAUCAAGUUCCUCUCCCGUUCGAUGAAGAUCUCCGACUUGAACAUGCCACUUUGGAAAGACAUCGAGGCGAAGGCUGCAAAGCUGGGCAUCAAAGUCGAGCAAGGCAAGAUGGACAUGUCCUCGCAGGAGGGCUGCAACAAGUUCGUCGAGUCCUGCAACGGCAUGCUCAAAGGCUUCAUCCAUUCCGCGGGCGUUCUGCAAGACUCCAUGCUCAUGAACUUGACCUGGGAGAAGUUCGAGACGGUCUACCAGUCCAAGCACCACGCAGCCCUGUUCUUGCAUCAGGCAUUGGAGCUGAACCCGCAGAAGGACUUGCGGUUCAUGUGGAAUUUCUCCUCCACGUCUGUGUACGGCAACAUGGGGCAGCUGAACUACUCCGGCUCCAACUCCUUCCUGGACGUUCUCACGCGCCAUCGCAAGGCCAAGGGCCGACCAUCCCUGGCCAUUCAGUGGGGCGCCUGGGGCGACGUGGGGAUGGCCGCGACCAUGACCGACGCCAUGCGUCUGCGCACCAUGAACUCGCCCAUGCCCUACUUCUCCAACAAGGAGGGCCUGUACGGCCUCGAGUGCGGCCUAGCCACAGGCCUUGCCUACUUCAGCGUCUUCAAGUUCAAUCCACAGGUGAUGAUGGGCUCGGUCCAGCCCCCAGAGCCGGUCCAAGCAUGCUACCACCGCAACCACUACUGCGAGGUCUGCCCCACGCCCAUGGCGCCCGCCCUUGAGCGAAAGCACUACUACACCAUCUUCCGGAUGGCGAAAGGCCAGCAGACUCGGAGCAUUUCAGCUGUGCCGCUGGUCUACAACGCCUACGUCAAGGCUGCUGCUGCAAAGCACGCGGCUGAAUGGAGCGACGAUUUCCGACAAUGGAGGCUGUAUGCACUGGGCGCCGAUUCCCAGGCAUUCCUGCCCCGAAACAUCCCACCCAGCGAGGCUUCUCUGCUGGGCUUCCUGGAUGCAGCUACCAGGGGCCUAUGCAAAGCUCCCGGCAAGCUCCGCAUCUACGACCCCUUCUUCUGCGCUGGGGCGGUGGUGAAGCAUCUGGGGGAGCUGGGCUUCCCACACGUCUACAACAAGUGUGAGGACUUUUAUGCAGUUGCCGAAGAGGGGCGUGUCCCCAAGCACGACGUCCUGGUGACAAACCCUCCUUACAGCGGCGAGCACGUGGAGUACCUCCUAAGAUUCUGUCGUUCGAACGCAAAGCCGUUCCUGUUGCUGAUGCCCAACUAUUUCUGCUCAAAGGACUUCUACGACGAUGCCCUUGGUGGCUCCUCCAAGUCCGUGCUGUACCUAUGCCCCCGCAAGCGCUACUUCUACUGGACGCCAAAGGGAUUGCGCACGCGGUCGCGGGUGCAGUCGCAACACGCCGGAGAUGGAGGCAACCGAACUUCGCCUUUCAUCAGCUUCUGGUACAUAGACCUGUCGCCACUCCUGUCGGCGAAGGCCCUCCUGCGCUGGUGGCAGGAGGGCGCCGCCGGUGAAGGAUCGAAGCUUUGCCGGCUAUCGGAACUGCCGAGAAGUUGCCAGCCGUGA